AUGGCGUCGGCUACUCCACAGAAGAGGAUGGUAUCCUCCUUCUUUAUUAUGCUGGCAUCCCCUUACAAAGCCACAGUCACACAGCAACACAGCGCCACCGCCAAUGACAUGCCACGUACAGCCAUGCGGGUUGGCCCUGAGGACAGCAACACUCGUAAACUUAGUGUCAGUGGCACACAGCAAGGCACAAUUCACAGGCAGGAGAGGGCUCCAUCUGAGUCCCAGGGCAGUACACACAAAGGGGCCCAGAGCUCCACACCUUCCCUGGCCAGACACUCGGAGCCCAGAACUCCAGCCAGCCCAGUGACCCCUGACCUCAGCCGGGGUCUGGGAGACACACAGCAGCAACAGACAGAAGCAGACAAGGGUCCUGAAGAGCUCCUUCCUCCCCCUCAUCCUGUGUCUGUGGAUUCUGAGCUGACUGAGGAUCUUACACCUCUCUUGCCUCCUCCACACGUGUCUGAGCCCCCAACUGCCCCCCUCCUCCAACUUGUGUCCUCAGACAGAGCACCCGUGUCUGACCAACUGAGUGCUGCAGUGGAUAGACAGCUGGACGAAAGCACACCAUCUAGUGGGGGGGAACAGAAGGAACCAUCUCAGCGUAUCCAGGGCAGUCUAGAGGAGCAGCUCGUGAUGGUAGAGACCAAGGGUAAGGUGAAGGGUGAAACUGUGUCUGGUAACUUUUAG